AUGCUAGAAAUAUCACAUUCAAUCAAUACACCAACAAGAAUAUUUAAAAGAGAAACAGUUUCAUCAGCUUCUGCUACAGGUACAGAUUCAAAUGGGUGUGUUCAAUGUGAUGAAGCCCCAACAUGUCCAGAUUGUGGUCCAACUGGUGAUUGUAUCCAAACAGUUCAAAGUUGUACCCAGUGUCCCAAGACUUAUUGUAGAUCAAUAACAGGUAGUUCAUCAUCUGGUCCAAAUGGCAAAACUAUUGGUGGAUUAGCUGGUGGUAUUAUAGGUGGUUUAGUUUUAUUAUUAGGUUUAGGUACUUUUUUAUUUUAUAAAUAUUAUUGGAAAAAAAAAUUAGUUUUCAAUAGAGUUAAACAUAAAGAAUUUUAUUUUGAUGAUGAUAUUGAAAUUAAUUUCCGUCAUCAUAAUAUUGAUGAACAAUUACCAAAUCAAAAUCAAUCUUCAAGAAAUUCUUUAGCUACUACAAUGUUUACAAGAGCUUCAAAUAUAAUUCCUAUUGCUUAUAUCCCAGGUGUUACUAUAGGUCCAAAUGCCAAUAAACCAGCAAGUGAUAGUAGAGCUUCACAAUAUUCAGAAGCAAAUACAAUAGAUUCAGAAUUAAUCGGUGAUAGAUAUAGUAAAGCUUCCAUUAUAGGUAAUCCAUCACAAACAACAACAGCUAUAAGAGCAAAACCUAAAUUAGUCAACAUUCAAGAUCAACAUGGAAACAAUAUAAAUCCAAAUCAAGAUUCUGUACCAAAUACAGCAGUAAGUGCUUCACAAUUAGGUGGUGUUCAAACUGUCAAGAUCAAAGAUAAGAAACAAAAUCGUUAUAAUCCAGGUUUACAAACUGAGAUUCUCGAGGAAGAAGAAAGUGAUGAAGGUUCAGUUCAAUUACAACCUCAAGAUCAAACUAAUUCCCAGGAUUAUGAACCAUUCAUCAUAGAUGAUGAUGAUGAUACCAAUUCAGAAAAAUCAAUUGAAAUAGGACAAUCUACACCAGAUGAUAAAAGUAUACGAACAAAAAGAGAUUCAGUGGCUUCCAAUGGGAGUGUUCUUCUUGAAGUGGAGAUUGAUAGGAAUCCAUUGAGCCCGUUUGAUGAUUCUUAUGAACUGAAUAGUAAGAGUGAUUGA